AUGCCGGCACGAAUCGCUCGCUUCAACGUGAGCAAUCAAGACGAGGAAGAAGAGCCUCAGAGAAAGCGACCCGAUCAGCGUCGAAGGCCCGGCCAGGAAGACGAUCUAGAGUAUGGCAGCGACAGCGAUGGCAACGAGAUUGUGCUAGGCGGAUUGGCAGAAAAUGGCGACGAUAGCGACCUCGACUCCGAUGAGGCAUUUGGUGAGAGCGACAACGAGCGUUUCGAAGGCUUCACGUUUAGAGGCAGCUCGAAGCCGAAGAGCAAGAAGAAAGCACCUCAGCGGAGAGAUGAUGCAGAAAGCGAUAUUGAUUUGGUCGAGGAGCCGCAGAGCGAAGAUGACAGUGGUGACAGUCAAGAUGAGGAAGGGUUAGGUCUGGGCGAUGACGCAGUCGACCUGGCCGCCAUGCUUGACGACAACAGCGAGGAUGAGCAGGCGAACAACCGUGAUGAAGCAAGUGGGAGUGAUGAAGAGGACGAUGCCGAUGAUGACAGUGACAGUGACGAGGAUGAAUUCCAAGAAUUUGAGGACGACGAAGUGGACGAGGAAGGCGCGGCACGUCUGCAAGACUUUCUGGAAGGUCUUGAUGCAAAACCUGGCGUGAAGAAAUCAGAAGCACCUCAGCGGUCGGUCGUGACAUUAGACGACUUUGCAGACGGCACCGAGCUAGCCGCAGAAAACAAAAAGUUGAAAAAGAAACAUCAGCCUAAAGCAAUGGCAGCACCGUUGCCGAAGAGGCAGCAGGACCGCAUCGAUCGUGAGAUCGCUGCACAGAAAGCCAAAGAACAGCUUGAUCGAUGGCGUGAUACAGUCGUACAGAACCGUCGAGCAGAAUUUUUGAGCUUUCCACUCCAGCACCCGGACGAUCAAGGCAUCACAGUUGGCAAGGAUAAAUUCCUACCUGCAGCACAGCAAGCUCCUGCGAAUGAGCUCGAAGAAAGCAUUCAGCGCAUCAUGCAGGAGUCUGGGCUGCAGACGAAACAAGAUGGCGAGACUGGCGCUGACGAGGAUGAUGUCGAGGCCGCGCUGCUGAAGGCUGAGGGCUUGGCGGAGAAGCAUUUGCCUGUGGAAGAAGUGGAGCGGCGGCGUGCAGAGCUUCGAAGGGCGAGAGAUCUGCUUUUCCGUGAAGAGAUCAAAGCUAAGCGUAUAGCCAAGAUCAAGUCAAAGGGCUAUCGAAGAGUGCGUCGUAAGGAGAACCAGAGGAAUGCCGAAAAUGAGCGAGACGCACUGCAAGGUUUGGGCUUUGAGGACGAAGGCGAGAAGGAGAAGCAUGAUCGCAAACGGGCUGAAGCACGAAUGAGUACCAAACAUAAAGAUUCGAAAUGGGCGAAAUCACUAAAGCAGACGAAUAGAUCUGCUUGGGACGAUGAAGCUCGAGACGGCGUCGUUGAGCAGGCACGAAGAAACGAGGAGCUCAAGAGACGAAUUGCUGGUCAGGAUGUGUCUGAUGACGAUGGCAGCCCUCAUUCCGACGACAGUGACGACGAUGACGUCUUUAAUGGUCAGAAACUCGAAGCAUUGAGGGCUGAUGGUGAGCAAAAGAACGGUCUUGCUGCUUUGAAGUUCAUGCGAGCUGCUGAAGAGCGGAGGCGAAAGCAGAACGAUGAAGACAUCGAGCGUAUACGAAAAGAUCUGGCUACUGCAGAUGGCGAAGAAGAAAGUGAUGUUGAGGAUCAAAGCCUCGGUCGAGCCAUAUUCGGGCCCGCUGGCAAGGAAUCGAGACAGCAAACAAAGGUCCAGAGGCAUGAAAUGGAGGCCCCGGAUGACUUCGAUGCAGGGGAAGAUGAUGGGGGAGAGACAGAGCAUACUAUCAUCACCGAGAAAAGCAAAGCAAGGCCUACGACAAACAGUGUCUCUAAGAAGGCCAUUACGAGUGGACCGCUCGCCAAAGGGCUACCACAGACUGUUGCUAAUGACCAUGGCGCUGGAAUUGAUUGGUUCAAGAAGGCCAAGAACCAGUCGAAGAACAAAUCAGAGGUUGAUGCGGACCUCAUCUUGCGUUCGGAUCCUACCAAUCAGGAUACUCAAGCCAAGCCUUCGAAGAAGGCUGACUUGAAAACGAAUGGACAAGGCUUGACGACAGCGACCCAUAAUGGCGACGAUGCAUCCGACUCCGAAGCCGAAAUGCCGUCCAAUGCCAUGACUUCAGCUCAGCUUCAACAGAGUGCUUUCGCCGGAGACGAAGUAGUUGCAGCUUUCCAGGCAGAGAAGGCGGAUCUUGCAGCUUCAGAAGACGAGAAAGAGGUAUCCAAUCACCUUCCAGGCUGGGGUUCUUGGACAGGCGACGGUCUCUCCAGAUCAAUUAAGAAGGCGAACAAACGCGCAGCACAUAAUCCACUACACAAAACGAAAGUUGCAGGCGUCAGGCAAGCAGAUCGCAAAGAUGCCAAGCUUGAAAAUGUCAUCAUUUCUGAGAAACAGGAUCGAAAAGGCAAGAAGUAUUUCGCUCCUGUUUUGCCUCAUGGUUUCGAGACCAGAGAGCAGUAUGAGCGUUCCAGACGUCUGCCGAUGGGACCUGAAUGGACGACGAAGGAAGUACAUCAGCGAAUGACCAAGCCGAGAGUCAUUGUCAAGCCUGGUGUCAGGAUGGAAGCUUUGGAACGUCCGACUGUAUAG